GUUGUGCCGAUAAGAAUUAUUCAUUCGCAUAAUAGCUAGAAUAUGCUAUCAUUGAUCGGGAUAGGGUUUAUCAGAUAAGCUUCUAAUCUUACGAUAUGUCAGUAGAGAGUACCUGAAGUAAGUGGUCGCGUUAUUUUAUAAAUACACAAAGAUGGGAGGAAAUUAUUAUUUGGCUGUGCUCUUAGCGAUUUCUGUCAACAAUGUUCUUUUGGGUAAAUAUUUAUUUCUUUUUACAAAUUGUUGUUACGUUAUGUAUGUACUAUAGUAAUGCCUUAUAAAUAUUAUGCUCAUAAUGUAUAAAUACCAAAUAAAUCGGCGCGUAACUUUCAGGCCAUAUUAACGAUUAGUGUUAGCGAUAUUUUUAUUAAAGAUUCUCACAUCGAUCACACGCUCAGGCGAACCAGUUUAAGCCGUUGUCAGUUUCUCAUUCGAUAAUAUUAUAAUCAACUAGAAGAUAUAUCGCAGAAAGCACCUACGCGCACUCACGCACGUAUAUAUACAUGUACACGUAGAACAUGAAGACACUUCGUAUAGUAUAAAUAUCGUCUACAAUCACACGGACAUAUAUAUAUAUAUAUAAAUCAUAUAUAAAAAUAUAGAGGAAAUUUGAUUUAAUUUAUAUCACAUUAAGGAUGAGAAAAAUGUUGCUUCAAUCUGUUAGAUCAACUAGAUUACGAUAUGAAGGAAAGAAUAAAUUUAAUAUAAAAAAUAAUGCCAAAGACUUUCAUAUUUUUGAAUUUUGUUCAACACGAAUUCAUUUUUUUGCUUCAUCAGAUAUAUCUCAAAGGUUUUAUGUAAUUUAAUUAGAAUGUAUAUUUCAUGUAGCGGCAUGCUUUGAGGGACCACACUGCUUCAAUUUCACAUGGCCAACUACAGGAAUCGAAGAGAAAAAUUGUACGAAGCAUAAUGAGAGAAAUCCACAUACACCUUGCAUGACACCGUAUGAGAGUGCAGUGAAGCCGAACACAACUAAACUGUGGGAAGAUGCACAAACGAAUAGCAGCUUAACAAAAUUUUUUUGCCCAUUGGAAGACGAUAACGUUUGUAUAAGAUAUACGUACAACUAUAACGGUGCAAUUGCAAAUGUCAGUUACUUCUGUGGAAAAGUGGUCGAGGACCGGACACUGCCGGUUACAUCGGGUUGCUACAGCCAGCGCACUGAUGGAUUCACCAUUGAAGCAUGUGUCUGUCAGACCAGAGGAAACAACAUGCCUUGCAAUACAGCGAUAAGAAGUACAUGUACAAUAUUAAUUAUUAUCAUGGCUACAGCUGCUUCGCUGUUUAUAUAUAAAAUUCUCUGACACUUUUGACUUACUGUACUCUUCUUUGAUAUGAAUGAGACUGUACAAAUUAUAUAUAUAUAUAUAUAUAUAUAUAUAUAUAUAUGAUAUUUAUUACA